AUGUUGGCCAGCCACAACCUGCUCCAGAACUUCACCGCCGGCGUCCCCGACCACCACUGCCGACCCCGGCCCCCGGCCAACGGCAGCACCGGGGCUAUCCCGCUCCUCGUCUCCAUCCCUUCCGACGGCCACCGCCGUCCCCAGCGCUGCCGUCGUUACGUGGAACCCCAGUGGCACCUCUUGGAGGUCAACGGUACGGUCAACGGCACGGUCAACGGCAUGGUCAACGCGGCCACCGAGCCUUGCCGGGAUGGCUGGAUCUACCACGACGGCGUCUUCGCUCACACCAUCGUUAGCGAGUGGGACCUGGUGUGCGAGUCCAAGACGUUGAGGCAGGUUGCCCAAUCCAUCUACAUGGCCGGGAUCCUCCUGGGAUCCGGACUCUUCGGGAUCCUCUCCGACAAGUUCGGGCGGCGGGCGCUGCUGAGCUGGUGCUACCUGCAGCUGGGGGUGACGGGGGCCGGGACGGCGGCCGCCCCCACCUUCGGCCUCUACGUCCUCGGCCGCUUCCUGGCCGGCCUGGCCAUGGCCGGCGUCUCCCUCAACUCCGCCUCCCUCUGCAUGGAGUGGAUCCCGACGGAGGCGCGGGCCGUGGUGGGCACCAUCAACGGCUACUGCUACACCCUGGGGCAGUUCGUGCUGGCGGCCGUGGCCUUCGGCCUCCCUCGCUGGCGCUGGCUCCAGCUCGUCGUCUCCCUCCCCUUCUUCCUCUUCUUCCUCUACUCCUGGCUCUUCGUGGAGUCGGCCCGCUGGCAGGUGAUUUCGGGGAGACCCGACCUGGCCCUCGAGGGGCUCCGCAAAGUCGCCCGCGUCAACGGGAGGAAGGAGGAGGGAGACAAACUCAGCGAGGAGGCGCUGCGGGCGCUGGUGCGCCGGGAGCCGCCGCUGCCGGGGGGUUCCCUGGCCACGCUGCUCCGCACCCCCGGCAUGAGGAGGGUCUCCUGCGGCGUCUCCUUCGUCUGGUUCUCCACCAGCUUCGCCUAUUAUGGGCUGGCGAUGGAUCUGCAGGGCUUCGGGGUGGACGUCUACCUGAGCCAGCUGGUCUUCGGGGCUGUGGACAUCCCGGCCAAGCUGGCCUCGGUGCUGGCCAUCAGCUGCGUGGGGCGGCGGGUGGCCCAGGGCGGCUCCUUGGCGCUCGCCGGCAUCUGCAUCCUCGCCAACAUCGGCGUGCCGACGGAGCUGCAGAUGCUGCGCAUGGCCUUCGCGGUGAUCGGGAAGGGUUCCUUGGCCGCCUCCUUCAACUGCGCCUACAUCUUCACCGGAGAGCUCUUCCCCACCGUCAUCAGGCAGACGGGGAUGGGCCUGGGGGGCACCAUGGCCCGCGUGGGCGGCAUGGUGGCCCCGUUGGUACGCAUGGCGGCCGACGUGACCCCGGUCCUGCCCCUCGUCAUCUACGGGGCCGCCCCCAUCAUCUCGGCCAUCGCCACCUGCUUCCUGCCCGAGACCCGCAACGUGCCCCUGCCCGAGACCGUCAAGGACGUCGAGAGACGGUGA